GCUCCUCCAUUGCCACCUUCAUAUCCACCCCCGCCUCCGUCGGAAGAACCGCCGCCAUUUCCCACCGCCCCCGAACGGUUACCGCCAACAGGACCGCGGCAGGGAUAUGGUGUGGCCUACCCAGGUCAGCACAUCGACGCCCGACGAUUUCCUCCCCAUAUCCCUACAGGACCGCGUGUACAUGGACUUCCUUCAAGUCCACGACCCCCAUCUCCUUCAGAACCGCCUCCUCCUUCAGAACCGCCUCCUCCUCCACCACCGCCGCCGCCUCGAACACCGACUCCUCCAAUACUCUAUUCCCUGCCGCCCCUACCGCCAUGGCCGCCUUCCCCGUCCGAGUAUCCUCCUGGGAAGAGCUGGCGGAUCUUGUUCGACUAUGCUCUGGACAAGGAUCGUGACGGUCAGUAUCGGUUGCUCGCGGACAAGCUACGGGAGAAGGGCAUGGACCAAGGAGAGGAGCCACGGGUCAAAGGUAAGGGGAAGGGGAAGGAGAUUGUUAUCCGUUACGCGGGCGAGGUGAUAGACGGGGAACACGAAGCUGUCACACGGGAUCCGCGCAAGGAGACGAAGGUGAAGCGAUUACCCUCCUUACGGCCUAUGAGGAUGGAGCUUCUCCAGUGCAAGUACGAGUACGACGCAAACUCCGCUGGACCUCCGCCUCCAAUCAGCGUGCUGGUUCUAGGCAUUUCUCCGCUCAUGCCCAAUCAGAAUAUACGACGGCAUUUUGGCGUACAUGGUACCAUCACCUCCUUCGAGCCGCAAAUAGACAAGUCCAGCGGCGGCGCCCUUGGCAUCGUGUUCAUCAGAUACACGUCGCACGAGGAGGCGAAACAGUGCGUAGAGAAGGAACACGGGAAGAAGCUUUCGCUCGCGGUUCCCGGAGUUGGCGAGGGCGACGAGCUGCGAGUGGUCUUUGACGGUGAGGGCAAGCUACUGAAGGCGGUGCAAGCGGAGCUGGAUGGGCGGAGGCGACGAGAACGGGAGGAAAGGCGGCGACGGGAGAAGGGGGAGAAGGAGAAGGCCGGCCACGCUUCUGCGCACCUCAAAGCGACCCCGACGUCAAGUGCGGCGCAAACGCCCGUGCAUUCAAAUAAUCCCUGGCGUUCAGGGCCGCAAGCCAUUCCCCGUCCUCCGCAUCCUGGACCCCGACCUCCGCCGCCCAAUGCGCAUCUUCCUAUGCGCCCGCAGGGGACCACCCCGAUUGCUAUCUCGCCCGCGCCCGAGAAGGGGAGUCCGUUGCCCAACGGGACACCGACAGGGCCGCGGAACGGCGUUGUCCCUCCCGGUGCUCGUGUACGACGUCCACCGCCGACCAUGUUUCGCGCACGCAACGUUCACGUCGCAGCCGUACCACCAGCCAACAUCCGUCCUCCGAUUCACCUCUUUCCGAACGGCAUCGAAGCAGGCCCAGUGCUCCCGCCUAGUAUGCGUUUCAGCAUGGGCGACCGCAACGCGCCACUACCUCUCCUCCCCUCGCGCUCGCCAUCGCCAGUGUCGCGACGACCCGCAAACUGGGGAAGGAACGCGAAGAAAGUGGAUUACGACGUCGUUAAGGCAGAGCUUGCGAAGAACGGCCUCGAGCACAUCGCGAUCGACGGACACGUGGGGAGUGUGCGGGAGGAUGAUGUGCGGAUGUUUCUGGAGGGCUUCCAGAUCGACCAGAUCCUGCGCGAUCGACAUAGCUGGUACGUCACGUUCAAGACCAACGACUCCGCGCGCCGUGCAUCGCUCGUCCUCAAUACGAGCGGCCGCAAGCUCGCGAACUACGCAGUCAGCGUGACCGUCCGCGCGGCACCCACGCACGUUCCUACUGCCCACAAGACACAGUGGACCGAUGCCGAGCUCGUCGAGCAGGCGGAGAAGACGAUCCUCCGCGACCUCCGCGCCUUGCUCGAGAAGGAUGUCGUGGAGCGCGUCGUCGCCUCGCAGGUCCGACGGGUCGUCACCGACGAGCGGACGAAGAAGGGUACGCGCGUAGCGGACACUCCCGUCGCGGUGGAUGGACAUGCACCCGAAGUGCACGAGGCUCUCGACGCGAAGUACCUCGACAAGACGGGGCUUCGUGGCCUGUCCUUUCGCAAGCAGAAGAAACGGGCGCGUGAGGAAGUCAUUGUUGUCGCGAGUGAGACGCCGCCACCGCUCGAGAAGGUGCAGGAUGAGGACGAGGAGGUUGUGGUGGAAAGACCGAAGAAGAAAUCGAAGAAGACCGCGCUGAAGAAGGUGGUCGUCGAGAAGGUCAUCGAGUCGGAGGACGAGGAGGCGCCGGUGCCACUCGUGCCCGUCGAGAUCCCACAGCCACGCAAGCGCGCACUGUCGGAGGUCAGCGAGGUCGAUAUCCCGGUCCCUGUCAAGAAGAAGGUCAAGACGAAGGUGUCCGAGGACGGUACUACCGUCGUAGUGCGCACCAAGAAGUCCAAGAAGGUGCUCAAGGAUGCCACUCUUGCCACUCAGGAGAAAAGCGUCUUUGCAGAGGAGAUCGUACAUGAAGUCCUCCCGGAGACGCUUCCUUACGAGCUGCCCGCUGUCGCUCAAGUGCACGUUACUCCCGCCUUCGAUUCCCGACCGUCUACUCCUGCCACUCCGGCCCCCAUGCCUGCACCCGAGCUUCCUGCUGAGCCGGACGUUCCGACCAUUGACCCAAUUGCCGAAGGGAUCUGCGAAGACGAAGAGGACAUGUACUUUGCGAAGCUCGCCCUGGAGCGCAGCCUCUUCGGCAAGUCAUUGACAUCCGCGCCCGAACCAGAGCCCGAGGGACCCUCGCCAUUUCGCAAGCACGUCACGGGCUCCGCGCGUACAGAGGGCUACUACAAGAUCUCGCACGCGGAGAAGUCCGCCUACGUCGCGCAGUACGUCUCGCGCGGUAUGCUCAACGUCGCGGCGGCGGAAGCCGAACAAGCGCCCCCGCAACCUGCGGUCACGUCUUCACGGUCCAAUCGUGCCAAUGCGCGGCGGCGUGCUCAGGGCCUGGAAGAGAUCAACCAGGUGCAGCGCGCCAUGGCGCUGUCGAAGGGUGAGGCCGCAGCGCCGGACUCGGUCAAGUACAACCAGCUGCAGACGCGCAAGAAGCAUCUCCGGUUCGCGCGGUCGCCCAUUCACGACUGGGGUCUGUACGCGAUGGAGAAGAUCAGUCGCGGCGAGAUGGUCAUCGAGUACGUCGGCGAGGUCAUCCGUGCGCAGGUCGCCGACAAGCGCGAGAAGGCGUAUGAGCGACAGGGCAUCGGGAGCAGUUAUCUCUUCCGUAUCGACGAGGAUUUGGUGGUGGAUGCGACCAAGAAGGGCAACCUUGGUCGCCUCAUCAACCAUUCUUGUGAUCCAAAUUGUACUGCGAAGAUCAUCACGAUCAGUGGCGAGAAGAAGAUCGUGAUAUACGCGAAGCAGGACAUCGAGCUUGGCAGUGAGAUCACCUAUGAUUAUCAUUUCCCUAUUGAACAGGACAAGAUUCCUUGCCUCUGCGGCUCCGCAAAGUGUCGUGGGACUCUCAACUAGACUGCGCGCUAUGUUUAUAUGUCGGUAUUCUUCACAUACCCUGCUGUGUCACAUCGUUUGCCUCGCCCCGCCCAGUCUUGUGUUGCCUUGCCGUGCCCUGUCGUGCCCUACCUUGCCUGUCUCUCUUCGCCAUCCAUCGCUGUCAUUCUCCGCAUUCUUCCGCCACACAACUGCACAUUUGUAUCUUAUAUGUAACGCAUGUUUUAUUAUCCCGCCGUAUGUACGGUCAAGUAAU